AUGCAGGCCAAGCUCCUCGCCCUCCUCGCGGCCCAUGCCGCCGCCAUUGCGGUCCCCUCGGAACCGGACGUGACCAUCGACUACAAGCAGGGCCUGGCCAUACCGCGCGACAUCGCCCGGCUCGUCAAGGAGCGCGACGUCUGCAACGCCGACAACUGCCUGCGCAACCUUCGCGACAAGCGAUACAGUUCCUCGGCCAGCGCCUUUUGCUCCACCUUUAUCCAGUCCACCGUCGUCAACACGCAGUACGCCAUCGCCACGGACCACAAGACCAACACGGAGACGCCGCCUCCCGUGACUGUCACCAAUGUCAUCGUCGAUGACCUUCUCAACCCCACGGCCACGGAGAUCGUGACCCAGUACAGCACGAUUCCCGACCCUCGCUACAAGCGCGGUGCCCAGCCGUACCCUACCUGGCUCUCUGCCUCGUACCCCCCCGAGCGCGUCAGCAGCGCGUGCUCGUGCUUCAUCCCCAGCCCGUCGCCCGCCAUCCAGCAGACGGUCACCCUGACCACCUCGACCGAGACCGUCGUCGCCGUUGAAACUCUGCCUCCCGUCACCAACACCGUCGACGUCACCUCCACCCACACCAUCGACGUCGUCGCCACCCAGACGGCCACCGUCGGUGUCACCUGCGGCAUCAAGGGCUGCGUCUGGGGCAACGACCUUCUCCUCCAGAGCACCGGCAGCCUGCCCAACAUUGCCGCCUGCAAGGCCCUCUGCACAUCCAACGCGCAGUGCCAGUCCUUCCAGUGGAGCGAGCAGUACAAGUACUGCAACAUCGGCAAGGCUCCCGCCACCCAAUUCUGGGCCACACCCAGCUGCAGCGAGUUCAAGGUCUACGACGUGGCCUGCUCCAUCUAA